AUGGAGGACCUUCAUGAGUGGGGGACGCGGCUGGAGGUGUUGGAGGACGUGAAGGAGAAGGAAAUAGUAUUUGCUGAUAUCCUCCGCGUCCUUCAAAUGCCAGGUGGCACCGAUGGGGCCAAGAGUUUGGCCGCGCAACUUGUAUCCAAGCACGCUCCCACCUUUCCGCACCACGAAGAUGCAGCAAUCGAUGCACUCAUCAAUUUGAGCCAAGGUGGUGACGGCAAACAAAGCCAAUCUGUUCGCAUCCAUGCUAUCCUCGGCCUUGUCACGUUUGUGAAGGGUCAAACCACGAUCUCCCUCCCUCUGCACGAAAAGCUGGGACAGUUUGUGCAUGCAACCUUGGCGCGAGAGACGUCGGGCGUCCUCCUGCGUCACUUGACAUCAUUGCAAAAGCUUCUCACUCCUGCACCUACUGCACCCGUUGCCUCUGCACCAUCCAGCUCCCUCACGACCGCCGCAGUGCCGUCGUCUCCCGCGAAACCCGAGCCCCGGCGAGAAUGCAUUCCGCCGUCGCCAUAUCUGUACAUCAAGGGAUUUCAGCUAGGCACGGAGCUGGGCAAGUUGCUCGCGUAUUUUCAAAACGUGGACCCGACUCUGACGCUGUCAAAGAUCCACUUGAACAAGGCAUCGAAGCAUCACCACAACGCGUUCCUCAACUGCACGACCAUCGACAAAGCCCGCCAAGUGAUCGAGUACGCUUCGACGCAUCCAUUCGACAACCGCAACUUGGUCGCUCUGUUCGCUCGCGGUCCUCAGGUGGCAUCAGUUGUGUUUCAUUUGGCCAGCUCGUACCCAACGCCCCCAAAUGACCUCGCCGAGGUCUGGCCAGACGUGAAGUCAGAGCUUCAGCGACUGAAGGCGACGUACUGGAGCACAACCGUCGGGAAAGCCAAGUUCGACUCGAUGGACUUUGUCAAGAUGCUCGUGACAAAAGGGUUGACCGUGCGCGGCCAGAAGAUUUGGAUCGUCUACGACAUGGAUGAGCAGGCGAAAGCACACGAUGCGCACACCAAGCGGCCGGCUGCACCCCCACCAAGAGGCAUCGACACCACCCCCUUCUCGUUUCGCAGCAUUGCACACUUUGCCGGCUAA